GAUGAUAACGGAGGCCAGAAAGGUUCGAACAUAUUCAAGUAAUAGCUAAUGUCAAAUCUUUACCAACUCACCCAAGCCGAGGGGAUGACGACGCGUUUGUCCAUCAUUGGAUUGGACUACUCAUAUUCAUGUCUAUAGAUAUUUUGUUCCGUGUUUUGUUUUUUUUCCAAACUUUUUAGGGUUUUGCAAUGACUUCCUGACUUCGUCAUUAAACUAUCAUGACAUCGUUGUACUAUCUGUGAACCUGAUACACUACUACGAUCAUAGCUUCACGUCUAUGUGCUCUCUGAUGUCAUAUGAUCAUAUAUGCGAUUCACAAUAGGUUAGACAUCGAGUGUUCGAAGUAAACCCUUUCUUUCCAGUGCAAUGAAAUUUGAAGGGGACUUGAAUAGUGGUUCACUAGUUAACAAAUUCAAACAUGGGAUUGCGAAUUUGUCACAUGUGAAGUGGGUUUCAGCUUCUGGGUUUAGGAUAUCAGUGGCUGGUGUUUUGGGUGUUGCUGGUCUGGUAUUUGCUAUAAAAGAUGAAAGAGUAAGAAAUUUCAAUAGCUUACUGUGGUCAUUGGGGAGAGAAAGUGAUUCAGAGAGUGAUUCAGAGGAGUUUUGGGUAGUGCCCGGAUUGCAAAAUCUCGGCAACAAUUGUUUUCUGAAUGUAAUUUUGCAGGCUUUGGCUAGCUGUUCAUGUUUCCGAAGUUCACUUCAAAACAUUUUAGAUGAGUAUGGAUCUUUGUCAAUGGAGGAAUGUGCUCAAAGAUUGUCACUAACGGUUGCAUUGGCUUCUUUAUUGGAAGAAUUAUGUGGUGUUCAGCAUGGAAGAAUGGUUUUGAGUCCAAGGAAAGUGAUGCUUGCGAUGGAUCAUUAUCUAUCUAAUUUCAAUCUGACAAGCCAACAGGAUGCAGAAGAAGCAUUCCUUCAUCUUUUGUCCUCUUUAAGAGAGGAAUUUUUUGAAUGCUAUGUUCCAAAUCACUGUUCUCUAGCAGAUGUGACUGCCUUCUCUAGUCGUAGGAUAUUUACUCUCGAGAGGGGAUUGGAUCAAAGUGAGCAUAAAAGAUGGAAACAACAUUUUCUCGGACCCUUUGACGGGAUUAUUUGCAGCACCUUAACAUGUCAAAGCUGUUCAUAUCAGAUUUCCUCCGAUUUUGAAUUUUUUCAUAGCUUGCUUCUUUCACCAGCUCUCAGUAAUGGUGCUUCCAUGAUGGCUGCGUGCACCUUGGAGUAUUGCCUAAAGCAGUUCAUAGUUGCGGAAAAAGUUGAGCAUUAUCGCUGCAGCCGUUGUUGGCAUAUUGCUGCAAUAAAAUAUUUAUCUUUAAGAGACAUAAAUGAGACAGAUAUUGAGAAACUAAGGUGCUGUAGCAAGGAAGAUCCUUGUGCCUGUAAACAUUUAUUUGGUCUUGAAGCACUACCUUGGUCAAAUAGUUUUUCACAUGUUUUGAAGCAACUAAGCAUUGCGCAUUCUCCAAAGGUUCUAUGCAUUCAUCUACAACGUGCUUCAAUGGAUGGAUUUGGAGAACUAGUCAAACUUCAGGGCCAUAUAUCCUUUCCUUUGAUUUUGGACCUGACCCCAUUCAUGAACGGUGGGGUGGGAAUAAAGAACUGGGAGAACAAUUUUCAAAGAGGACAAAUGAAGCAGCGAUAUCAACAAUAUUUUCCGUACACCAACCGUUUUAAUAUGCAAUCUGACACAAGUAUGCUGAAUUGCAUUUAUGAGCAAAAGGGUCAAAACAUCUCUUUGGGAGCAACAGAUGUAGAGGAAUGGAGACGCAUAGCGAACCCCUUGGGUAACACCUGCCCGCAAUCGUCUCAAGAAGAAUCAAAAUUGUUCCAGACUGAAGGCUGCUCAAACCCCACUCUUAAUCAUAUGGAUGUGCAAUCUGAGGACAAGCUGGGCGGUGGGACAUGUCAUUUAGUACCUGCAGAUUUUCAUUUGUACCGCCUCGUUUCUGUUGUGGAGCACUUUGGAAAAGCUGGAAGUGGUCAUUACAUAGUUUAUAGAAGAGCGAGAGCCAAGUCAGGCGACGAAGACCCUAAUGGACAGUUGAAGCAUGACCCUGUAUCUUGGUUCAGUAUUUCAGAUUCUGAAGUUUUUCGUGUUUCAGAGAGAGAUGUUCUUUCUGCAGAGGCUAGCUUGCUCUUCUAUGAGAAAAUUGUAGAAUGCUGAGAAUCGUACCUACUAUAGUUGGAGAUUUUUGACAUUCAGAAUUCAUAAAGCGUUCAGAAGCUGCUGCUGCUGCUGCAGUUAAGCUAUUUGCUGACUUCUUGACUGCUGAUCUUAAGGCGGCUGUAUGUAACCAGGGGAAAUACCGGGAAGGCAUUUGGUGGUUUGAGGGGGCCUGAAAAUAUGGAAACAUAGUAAGCAAUUUUUUAGCUUAAAUUAACAGACGACGAAAAUUACAUUGUGCAUCAAAGCUGUCUGUUGUAAAUUAAAAACGGAUCUCGUGAGACUUGAAUAUAGGACACUCUUGACAACAAAUUGAUUGGAGAAUUUGGAAUAUUUUUUUGCAUGGAGGAUUAAAGGGGCCUUUUGAAGCUCUGUCUUUGUUCUA